UUAUUUAUUUAUUUAUUUAUUUAUUUAUUUAUUUAUUCUUUCUUUCCUUAAAAUAUUGUGCAGUAUAGGUUCUGUGUUUUAUGUAUUUAUUUACCAAUUUUUGUAUUUUUUUUGUUUGAUGCAAUUUGUUACUGUAUGUGACUAUGUGUUAGUGUUACUGUCAACUUGUCAAGGGGGUUAAUUGUCUAGGGUUUUUUUUUUUUGAGUUAAAAUUUGAAUUUCUCCAAUGGUUUAAUUUAGUUUACACUAGUAAACUCAAAUUUUUACAGUUUUGGGUUGGUUGAUUUCGAUCAAAUGCAGUAUUGUGUUAUUCAACCUCAAAACUUUUAGUGGGGCUUUCUCUGUGCUGUGCCGAAAAUUAAUUUUCAUAUUGUUAAUAUUUAGAGACUAAUUGAGGUAUUCAUUGCCUGGUGAAUAGUUCAAAAGUUGUUGGAAAGUCAGUCCACUUUUUCUUUCUCGCUUUGACAUCUGGUUGCUUUAUAGUCACAAUAAACGUUAAUAACGCUUAAAAAUAAACUAAAAAAUAUACUAGGACAUCUUGUGUCUAAGAACCUCCAUCAUAAAAUCAAGUGUAUUUCUUUGCUCAUUUGCUUGUAUUGUUUAUUCAAAGAUCAUAGAAUGAACAAAAAGUGAUCAAAUGAGCGAAAAAACUAUCACUAUUGCUUUUGUAUUCUUGGCUUCUAAUCUUUAGAGAUCAGCGUAUGAAAGGACUCUAUAUAAUAAAAAUUUAAUUAGUACAUUUUAUGUUCUGAAAAAUUCAUUUAAUCUAUCCUUCCUCCAGUCGACAACAGAGUAAAACAACUUCAUGAUAAUACGCUGAUAUUUUGCUAUAAAUUUUGUGGAUCAUUUAUGAUGGUGAGGCAAUGCUAUCCUCAUUCGGCAGUGCUCUACUUAUCUAGCCUAAUGCAUGAGAAGACAUACAGUUUUUAGGGUCGUGGUUGGAGAGAAUCUGCAUCGGUGUAAUAUCUAUCUGACUUUGUGGCUAGGGCCUGCAAGUGGGGCACGGGGGUUGAUCCUCAAAACAGAGGCAGUAAGCUUUGGCUUGCUGUAAUGAAUCGACCUGCCUUGGUGAAAUGAUCUAGCAUCUCAAGCAUCGAGCAACUCUGUGUGUUCUUGUCUACUGAAUUUUCAUAAGGAUUAUUUACAUACUACCUCUGGUUCUUAUUACUCGCAACAAUGAAAUAUUUUAUGUCUCAUAGAUAAUACCCCUUUGUUGCGAGCAAUAAGAACCGGAGGUAGUAUUUGAUAGGGGAUAGUUUAUGGCUACCAGAUUAAUUUGAUACAAAAUUAAAAUCAUGUGUUGAAUUGUUAACAAUAAGUCAAUAACUAUCAUAUCAAUAUAUCACAGUAUAACAUGGUUGCUAAUUGUAGCUAAAAGAAUUAAACGCAUGAUCUUGUGUGACUCAAAGAUACAGUCAGUGAGCUCCUCCAAUACCUAAUUUCAAAAUGAGAAGAGUGUUUAUGUGGUCAGCUCUUAAUAAAAUGACUUACCAAUAAAUGAACUGCUUGCUAAGGGUCGAUUAGGUCUGGAAGACUGGAACACAAGGUAGUGGUACCGGACUUUUCCCCAAACGGCCAAACCUAGCCUAAUGCAAGAGGACAGCUCACCGGCUCCGCAAGCAUUUGGUCGUAGUAGGCUUGGUGAGUUAUUCAUGAACAGUAGGUUGAAGAUGACCGAUCAGGUCCCCAAACAAAAGGAAAACGAUGUAAGAUGUAUAUACCACUAAGCAAAGAGCAUGAUGGAAGCGAUCUGAAGUGUGCAAUAAGUCUAGUUACAUCCAAUAAAAUUCCCAUAGCAACGCAUGCAUAGGACCAUCAAGGCAGCAUUCUUAGGGCCAUUUUACCUUCUCUACAGUGAAACUUUUGCUUCCUAAAGCAUUAGAAUCAUUCUCGCUUAUAAUGUAAGGUUACAGUAAAUGCCAAAAUAACAACUUUAGCAUGCGUCCAAACAUUUCUUUUAAUCAUAAGGAGAAUGAUCUUAAUUACACCUCUAACUCUUUAUGGUCUUUUUGGUCCGGUAUUUACGAUCCAGAUACUUGAAAGUAGGGGGAAAAGAUAAGAGAAUCAUCAUGUCCAAGCAACAUCACUUAUUAGCACGAUUCAAACCAUAAACCUCUAGGAUAAAGUAAGAGUCUUACUUAGUGAGUCAAGUCUUGCUUGGUGAUUGCACCAAGACUCAGAACCUUGUGUUUUAGGUACCCAAAAUUUACUAUUACUUCACUCAAGCUGGUCACUUCACUCUACCACUGGUCCAAGGGUUUCUGCUAUAAAUGAACGCGACUUAGAUAAGUUAAAAUGUACCUCAAACAAAGAUUGAAGUACAAAAUUUAUUAAAAGAGAAAGAAUGAGGAAUCUACUUCGAUUUUUACUUGUUUUCUUAACAUUUUUUCUAGCCCCAUACACUACUCAACAAUAUGCUUGUAACAAGCGUGAAGUUGAUGUAAAAAGAUUAUCUUUCUGUGACAAAUCGUUACCUUAUUCUGUUCGUGCUGAGGACUUAGUUUCUCGCCUUACCUUGAAUGAAAAGGCACAACAACUAGUAAACUCGGCUAGGGGGAUCCCUAGGCUAGGGGUACCAGCCUACGAGUGGUGGUCAGAGGCCCUGCAUGGAGUCUCUAACACUGGCCCUGGUGUAAGGUUCAAUGGAACAAUACCUGGUGCAACAAGCUUUCCAGCAGUUAUUUUAUCUGCUGCAAGCUUUAAUGCUUCAUUGUGGUACAAGAUGGGCCAGGUUGUGUCAACUGAAGCUCGAGCAAUGUACAAUGCAGGUCUUGCCGGGCUCACGUAUUGGAGCCCAAAUGUGAAUGUAUACAGAGACCCGAGGUGGGGUAGAGGGCAAGAGACCCCAGGGGAAGACCCUUUGGUUGUCAGCAAGUAUGCUGUCAACUAUGUCAGAGGUCUGCAAGAGGUUGAUAUCUCUGGUAAUAGAAACAUGCUCAAGGUUUCUAGUUCUUGUAAGCAUUAUACUGCUUAUGACCUUGAUAAUUGGAAAGGUGUUGAUCGCUUCCACUUUGAUGCAAAGGUUAGCAAGCAGGACUUGGAGGAUACGUAUCAGCCCCCAUUCAAGAGUUGCGUUGAGAAGGGGCGUGUUAGUAGUGUGAUGUGCUCAUACAACAGAGUGAAUGGAAUUCCAACUUGUGCUGAUCCCAAUCUUCUAAAAGGAAUAGUUCGCGAGCAAUGGAAUUUAAAUGGUUAUGUUGUCACUGAUUGUGAUUCAAUACAAAUCUUCUAUGAGUCGAUUAAUUACACAGCUUCACCAGAGGAUGCAGUAGCCCUUGCCUUAAAAGCAGGAGUUAACAUGAAUUGUGGAGACUUUCUACGUAAGUACACGGUAAGAACAGUCAAUGAGAGAAAAGUGGAGGAAUCAGUUGUAGACCAGGCAUUGAUAUACAAUUACAUAGUCCUCAUGAGACUUGGGUUCUUUGACGGGGACCCUAGAAAGCACCCUUUUGGAAAACUAAGGCCGUCUGAUGUAUGUACGAAAGAUCACAAAAAACUGGCUCUUGAUGCUGCUAAACAAGGGAUAGUCUUGCUAGAAAAUAAGGGAUCAACACUUCCAUUAUCCUCAAAGUAUGUAAGAAAAUUGGCCGUUAUUGGUCCUAAUGCAAACGCCACUAAAACCAUGUUAAGUAACUAUGCUAGUAUACCGUGCAAGUACACUAGUCCUCUACAAGGGUUUCAAAAAAAUGUGAAGAGAGUGUAUUAUAAAUCAGGGUGCCAAGAUGUGAAGUGUCAAGAUAAAAGCUCUAUAAAGGCUGCUGCUAAGGUGGCUGCCACUGCUGAUGUGGUGGUAUUGGUAAUGGGGCUUGAUCAGUCGGUUGAAGCAGAGGGACUAGACAGGGUUAACUUGACAUUGCCCGGCUACCAGAAGUCACUAGUAGAGAAGGUCACUAGUGCAGCCAAAGGAAAGGUUAUUCUGGUGAUCAUGUCAGCUGGUCCGAUAGAUGUGUCAUUUGCAAUCAAAUUGAAAAAGAUUCGAGCAAUUCUCUGGGUCGGCUACCCAGGCCAAGAAGGAGGUGAAGCCAUUGCUCAAGUAGUGUUUGGAUAUCAUAACCCAAGUGGAAGGACACCUGUGACAUGGUACCGUAAAGAGUACGUAGAUCAAAUUCCAAUGACAAACAUGAAUAUGAGGAGGGACAGAUCCAGAAGACUUCCCGGUAGGACAUACAGAUUUUUCACUGGGAAAACUGUCUAUGAGUUCGGCCAUGGACUCAGCUAUACUACUUUCAUCAAGUUUCUAAUACACGCCCCCUCAAAAAUAACCGUCAAAAGAUCAUACGAACAAAAUUUUAACAACACCAAUAACCAAACACUGCUUCUUCCAACUGAUAAUCAGGCUGAUGACAAAAUGAUCAUUGAUGUAUCAGAAGUAAACUGCAAGAAGUUAGACUAUGUUGUUGCCGUAGGGGUGAAAAAUGAAGGGAAGAUGGAUGGAGGGCACGUUGUGCUCGUGUUUUGGAAGCCGCCUGUAUGGAGUGAGAUCGAGGGAGCACCCAAUAUACAGCUUGUUGGAUUCUCGAGAGUUGAAGUGAAAGCAGGGAAGACAGAGUUGGCUGUAGUUAAAGUAAAUGUGUGUGAAGCUUUCAGCCUUGUGGAUAAGCAAGGCGAUAGGAAGCUGGUUACUGGACGCCACGAAUUAGUGAUUGGUGCUCCUAGUGAGAAAAGGCUUAGCCAUAAGUUUACUCUUCGCGCUGAUGAAAGCAUUAAGGAUCACCAGGUAUGAAGCAUGUAAUGCUACAAGUAUGUGCUCAAAGUAAUUUUCCUUUCAGAUCUGAUCAUCCAUACAGUAAUACAUUAGUAUAAUUGGAAACCUUAUAUAUAUGAAUCUAUACUUCAUGAUUUUAUUGUAUAAAUAAGACUUGCACCUUUAAGCUUCUAUUAUUGAUAUCCAAAAAUGUAUGUAGCGUUCGUUACUGCAUUGUAUGAAGCUUGACAUUGAAUAUAUAUUAAGAUAUAUAUUUUUUAA